GAAACUGCUGCAAGAGUAAAUCAGUCAGCUCUGGAAGCCGUCACUCCUUCCCCAUCCUUCCAGCAGAGGCAUGAGAGCCUGCGGCCAGCAGGACAAUCUCGGCCACCUACAGCUCGAACCAGCAGUUCAGGAUCCUUAGGAUCUGAGUCCACCAAUUUGGCUGCCCUGUCUCUAGAUUCUCUUGUUGCCCCAGAUACACCAAUACAGUUUGACAUAAUUUCUCCUGUGUGUGAAGAUCAGCCUGGCCAGGCAAAGGCCUCUGGCCAGGGAGGGAGGCGUACAAAUCCAUUUGGAGAAUCUGGAGGAAGUACAAAAUCUGAAACUGAAGACUCUAUUCUUCACCAGUUAUUCAUUGUCCGAUUCCUUGGUUCUAUGGAGGUGAGAUCAGAUGAUCAUCCAGACGUUGUUUACGAGACAAUGCGUCAGAUCUUAGCAGCUCGGGCCAUCCAUAACAUCUUUCGUAUGACAGAAUCACACUUAUUAGUCACUUGUGACUGUUUAAAGUUAAUUGAUCCACAGACACAAGUUACAAGACUUACAUUUCCACUACCUUGCGUAGUUUUGUAUGCUACACAUCAGGAAAAUAAGCGACUUUUUGGAUUUGUUCUCCGGACAUCAGGAGGGAGAAGUGAAAGUAAUCUGUCAUCUGUCUGCUAUAUAUUUGAAUCGAACAAUGAAGGGGAAAAGAUUUGUGAUUCUGUUGGUCUGGCAAAACAGAUAGCUUUGCAUGCUGAACUGGAUCGGAGGGCAUCAGAAAAACAAAAAGAAAUAGAAAGAGUAAAAGAGAAGCAACUGAAAGAGCUCAGUAAACAAAAGCAGAUUGAAAAGGACUUGGAAGAACAAAGUCGGUUGAUAGCUGCUUCCAGUAGACCAAACCAAGCCAGUAGUGAGGGGCAGUUUGUUGUCCUUAGCAGUAGCCAGUCAGAAGAGAGUGAUUUGGGAGAAGAAGGAAAGAAGAAAGAGUCAGAAGCAUAAACUCAUCCUUGAUUUUUUUGAUUGAUUUCUCCUUCCCCUCUUGGAAUUUGACAAUUUCUGUGGUGAAAUGGCACAAGGUAACAACUAUGUUGAAAUAUCAAGAAGGAAACUAAGCUUUAUAGUUGCUGUUUUAGCUUCAUUUUAAAAAGAUUGAACUUGAUGACUUAGGUUUACAUUAAGUUCUUUUUCUUAAAAAUAGUAGACUGUGCAUUAACAUUAAAUUCCACUUGUCUAAACAAAACCUGCUUAUUUCCCUAAAAUAGAUUUCUAAAGAGUUACACUUCCUUACACAUUUUUUCCUGAAAAUUACAAGUGCAUUGUAAUUGGCUGUACCCAUAAGAAAUCAUUUAUUCAGGUUCAGAUGUUCUCCCCUUUCAUUAUAGGAACAUUUUGCUGUUAGUGAAGAAGCAUUCAACUGAAAAUAAGUUUAACUCCUUUCCAUAGAGAAGUUAACAAAUUUGCAAAUAUUUUAACAAUAUUAAAUAUGCAGUAGAUGUAUAAAAUCAUUAGAACAGAGAUUUUAGACUUAAAGUCUCCAAUUGUGGUAGGUGGUACUGUUAAUUUCAAGGCACUUUCUUGGCUUGCUCCCAUUUCUCUGAUGUGUUAGUGUCAGGAGGAAAGAAGCAUAAGUGUCUCCAGUUCAAGAUUGAUUAGAGACCUUGGUGUUUUGUUACCAUAUUCUUAGUUCUCAGGUUGGGACUUCAAUUAUUGCUGCAGAGCAGUAAUGUGUGGUGACUAAGAUUUCAGAAUCCACUAAAAGAGAUUUUUUGUCAUUCAAAUACAUUUUAGAUUAGGAGUGACAUGUAAAGAUACUGUUAUAGGAUGAGACAUUGUAUUUUCUGCAUUGUGUGAAAUAAUUUUUACUGAUAAUCAAAUGAUGUUUCAAAAGAAGUUCUAUAACAAUUAUGGUUACUGCUUAAGGUAAAAAUUUGCAGCUUAGUUUAGAAAAUGUAAUCUUUUAAAUUUCAGAUUGAUAUUCCUAGUAUUUUCAUAAUUCCAUGUUUUGAUAAUGGACUGAAUCACCACUUUAUAUCCACAAAGGCAAAUAACUAAUUUAUGAACAUAGAGUAAUUUGCACUAAUUAUUGUAAAUACUUCUAGUUUUCAAAUGAGUAAAAAGGUCUAACUCCAUGAAAGAUUGAAAAGAAAUUGAAUGCCUGGUAUAGUAUAGAAGUUGACCAAGGAAUGAUUUUAGCCUGGUGCCAAGGUUAAAAUGAUACUUCUUUAUUGCCUAUCUUCUAUGUCAAAACUUGAUUUUUUUUCUUUAUUCAGAUUUUAAACAUUGCUGAUAGAAAUUAUGUUCAUGUGUUCCACAUGAAAAAUUCAAAUAUAUCGAGUUAAAUAUUUUACAUAGUGUUAACAUUUACAGAUUUUUCAAGAGGUUAACCACUAAGACUUAAUUUCACAAGGGAAAGGCCUUUUAUUCUUUAAUGUGUAGUUUCUUCUUCAUAGUUCUGAAUUAGAAAUGGCAUUAUUUUAGUUCUCAGAAUAUAACUCAGUUCUUUCACAUUGUGUUCUUUAGGGAUGGGAUAGAUGGUUAUAGAUGGUUAUAUAUAGGAUCAUGAUAUUAUUUUUCUCCAUGUGCCAAAUGGGAGUAAUGAUUAUUAAAUACUCUUUGAAGAUUUAUGUUACCAAAACAUAGUAAACAAGUGGAAAUUUGUGGAAUCCUUUCUAAUUAAACAUUUAUUUUGUGCUUACUAAAGGGAAUGUUUUCACAAUAGUGUAUCAUUCCUUUUGUUGAUGUUGAAAUUUCUUCAGUGGUCAAUACUUGAUUGGUUGUGGCAAGUCCUGCUUUUAAGACCUCUUUUUUUUUUGAGGUUGGUAAGCUUUCUGUUUUAGUAAGUCUUGUCUUCAUAUAACAUGUUGCCUCACUUAGGUCAGAUGAACUCUGUUUUCCUACAAGGAAAGUGGUCUUUAUUAGGAGGCAGUUUUACUUGGCCAGUUCUUCUGCAUGGUCACAAAGUACUGCCUUUGUUAGCAGUCUCCUAGUAUAGCCAGGAUUAAGGAUACUGGCAGACUUAAGGAUACUGGUCAGACUUGUAUUCCUUUUAAGUCAUGUCUCAUAGGAAUUUCCACAACAACAUGUCAGUGUCCAUACAUUCCAAUGCCAAGUAGAAGUCAUGACUGGGCUUAACAGUUUUAGAUGAUUCAAUUUCUCUUCCCUUGCUGUUAAACUAUAUGAACAAUUCCAUUAUUGCAGACAUGUCAGCAUCAGCUUUAAUAAGCACUUGUUUUUUUGUGUAAAGAGGGCUCCAGUGAGUUUCUUCCUAAUGUUAAAGCUGAUCUUGCUCUGUUGGUCAUCCUGUGAAAUCCCUUCUAGCUCUGGGAUGCUUUGAUGGUAAUUGGAUUAGAUUUGGGGCUUUUUUUCUUACUCAAACUUACACUUAAUGGUUUUUAGAAAUUAACAAAAACUGUUUUUUUUUUUUUAAAGAAAAGGACUACAGCCUGCUUACUUUUGCUGUGCAUUCUGUUAUCUGUAUGUUCACCAUAUGAACAGUACUUUCAUAACUAUGGUGAUGAGGUCAGUAGAUAGGAGUCAUUUAUUCUUGCAUCCUUUCUGAAUUUUGAAAACUUGGUACCUAGGGACUGAACCUGUUACCUGGAACAGAGUCCCUAAAGCUUCUCUAAUUUUUGCCAGAUCCUUAAUUAUUAUUUUGUUUUUAAUUUCAAAAGAAUUCUCAGGCUCCACAAUUUAAGGGCAAUGAAGUUGUUUCCAUUAUUCUUUGGAAAAGGACUGUCAGAUAUACAUAGCAUCCUAGGUAAUACACAGUUUUGUGUAGCAAAAGCAUUUGAAUUAAAUUUGAUACCUAUCUCUAUAUAUGUAUCACCGUAGUGUUUAAAAUUUGAAUCUUAUAAAGUGCUGACAGACUCUUAAGAGCUAGCAUACUGCGAAACCUUCUGCCACAUAAAUUAAAUGAAAAUAUAAUUGAUUCUGAUAACCUCUUAGCAUUCAUAUUGUAUUUUAAAUAUUUAAACAUGCUGGUUUAUAGAAAGAGCAAGAAGCCCUUCAUUUUAGCUUUAGCAAGUUUGAUUUUUGUUCUGUAUCAAAUUAAUAGCCCAUAAAGAUUUAAAACUGGAACCAUACUAAACUCUUAACCAAUUUCUUAUGACUACCCUCCUGUCAUUUACUUCAGUUAAUAUGUGAACCAGGAAUUAAAUUAUAACUAAAGAACAAAAUUGCUUUGUAUAUAUGAUAAUUUUGUAAUGCAAGUGAACUGGUUAAUUCUUAUUUCACUGAUACUAUUAACUGUGCAGUGUACAGUUAAAAGUCAUGCACCGUUUCCUUUAGAAUUGGAUUUGAAGAACUCACAUUUAUGUGAUCAUGGUAGUCAUGUGGAGCAGAGAAUUUUUUUUUCAUUUUGUCGAAAUAGGUAUUUACUGACAAGGCUUCAAGAAAUAUGUUGUUUGAAGUCUUUCAUGUAUAAUAAAAGCUAUGAUUUUUGUACAGUCUUUUUUGUAUGAAAUAUUUGAUAUAUACUAUGAAGUUUAUUUCUCCAAAUAAUUUCAAAUGAUCUUUUUAAUCUAACACUAUAAUUACCUAUUUAGUUCCAUUGCAAUUAUACAACAGCUAAAAUAAAAAAAAAAAAAGUCACUGAUUAGGAAAAGCUUGUUAUAGAAGCAAACUAAUUCAUUAUUAGUGAGUUUUUUCUUAUGGCAAAGGAAAAAGAUUUUAAUAAUUAUUCUAGUAUGUUACAGAUGAUCUGUACUUGCUGCUGUACUUCAAGAAAUUAAUUUUAAGGGGCAGGUAAUUGUGUGCUCCAGCUGAUAGCUUUAAUACUAAUGUUUACUCAUCUCAUGUGCUCCUUGUAAUUUGACCACUCUCUGAAUUCUACUGAGUUUGUGUUCUAAUUUGUUUUGAAUUUUAUAAAAAUGUGUAUAUACUUUCAGGAGAUCAAGGGAGUGGAUGAAAUUAACUUUAGAAUUAUGUAAUUUAUUUAAGUGCAUGUAUAUCAUAAAUAUAUUUGUAUAUUGACAUACAUAUAACCUUCCACUUGCUUAUAUAUGCACACAGAAUUUGAUUAAAAAAAUAAAAUCUUCAUGUCAGCUAGUAUUGAAAUUUUUUAAUGCACAAAACUAUAAAAGUAAUCUAAGUCUCCUUCCUGAAGUAGUCUGUCACCACGAAUCUUCACAUCAGAAAUCAUCUGGCUUCAGCUGUAUUAAAAUGGAUGGUUUAUGUUAAAUGCUAAGACUGAAUAUGUAAACAUCAAAGCUAUCACUGAUUGGGCUUUGAUGAACACAGCACGAUCUCACCUCUCUUGUUCCUGUUGUGCCAUCUCAAUAGGACAGAGAUGUGACUGAAUGAACAUCUCAGGUGUCCUUCCUCACCUUUCAUAAACAAGCCGAUAGUUAUGUGUGGUAUUUAAUAUGUAACAAUAUAUAAAUUAACAUUCUCCACUUAUAUGCAGUAUAUUAUAUAUAGAAAUAAAAAUUUAAACUGGCAUCUUUUGUUACUAAGUGUGCCCCUCCAUGUCCAAUACCAGGCUGAAUUCAGUACAGAAACUAAGUUCCUUAUUCAUAUGGAAACACUUUUAAUCCCAUUCCAGGGACCACAUUAAUCAAUAAGA